UACAACAAGUGAAACAGCAGGGUGGGGAAAGAGUACCAGGAACAGCAACAGCAACCUAACUUCUAACCCUUUACACUGGCAGAUAAAACACAGCAGGAAUUUACCAAACAGUGGGGAAAAAAUGUUACGAUAAUACAGAAGUUAGAAGACUGUUGGGGGAGAUUUCAUAAUGAGAAGUACAGAACAUAGCGUAACUGACGACACAGGUCGAUAUUUUAAUACAGUAAAUGGAUUAUACUCGUACUAGAGACCCCUUUGUCUAUAUUGCUGAAGCGGCGUUUCUUGGUAUUGGAUUCAGACGCAUGUGCAUACCUGUAUUGUACCUGAUAAAAAGAUGCUCACAGAGUUUUCAUAGAAACAAAACAGUGAUCUCAGGAUUCAGGAUAUGUGUCUAGUUGACUAACCAUGCAAACCAAAGUUAAACAGCACUUUUGUAUUUAAAAGAAAGGGGGGGAAAAGUUCAGGAACAAUGACGAAGAGUUCGAGUUAACAGAGUCUUAAGUGCUGCUCCCUUGACCUUUGUUGGACUUACUAUAGCAUUGCAGUUAACCAACGGUUCUGUUGCCAUGGAUCACAGUGAUAACACUGAAAUGAUGGAAUACCAAGAUGACUCCACAGAGGAAAGCAAGAUGAACAGAAAUGAUCCUGAGGUAGACAAGUCCCUCUUCCACGCCUGCAAUAUUUGCGGCAAGAGUUUCCCCUUCCAGAGUUCUUUGUCACAGCACAUGAGAAAACACACAGGAGACAAGCCUUACAAAUGCCCUUACUGUGACCACAGAGCUUCACAAAAGGGCAACCUUAAAAUCCACAUCCGUUCCCACAAGAUGGGGACUCUGAGCCAUGGCCACAAGGAGGAGGAGGAGGACCUAGGAGAGGGCCAGCUGGAGGCUGGAGUCUCCGACGGCCUGGACAGCUGUACCAGCCCCACCAAAAGCACAUCAGCUUGCAAUAAGAUAAUGAACGGGGUGGCCAAGGAAGAAAACAGCAAGAUCCUGCUUAGGAGCAUCAAAAAAGACAAAACGGGGAGGAGUGAUGGUGGGAAGUCUCCCACGUUUCAGUGUUCAUUCUGCAAGAGGAAGCUCAACAACAAGGAGGACCUGAAGCAGCACAUCCAGCUCUUACAUAAGCCCUAUCGGUGCCGGCUGUGCAGCUUUGUGGCACUGAGGGAAGACCAGCUCCUGAGCCACAUUGAGAAGGUCCACAUCACAGUGGAGGCACCCGUCCGGGAUGUGGUUGAUGUUGAAGCUGUGAAAAGCGAGCAAGGCGCUGGAGAAGGAGACUUUCCCUGUGAAGUUUGUGGCCAGGUAUUCACGCAGGCUUGGUUCCUGAAGGCACACAUGAAGAAGCAUGGUAGCACCUUUGACCAUGUCUGCCACAUCUGCGGCCGCCGUUUCAGGGAGCCCUGGUUUCUUAAGAACCACAUGAAGUCCCAUAGCACAAAGACUGGGGGCAAAAGUAAGCCGAAGAUGGAUUCGGAGCCCUUGGCUACAAUUAAUGAUGUGGUUCAAGAGGAGACAGCAGUGAUGAGCGGGCUGUGCCUCUAUGAACUCUGCUCCAAGUGUGGAAACAUCUUCCACAACAGGGAGAGCCUUAGGGAGCAUGAUAAGGUUCAUACCCAAGCCAGCAAAACCUGCAUGGAAGAUGGAGCAGCUGUUGAUUGCACAGCAGCGAAAAAGCACAUUUUCAUUGAGUGCCUGAAUCUUAGACCAGCCGGGACCCUAGAAAACAUCACUGAUGGAAAGCUUGGAAAGAGAAUAGCAGAGCUUGAUCCAGUAAGCAGCUACCAAGCCUGGCAGCUUGCCACCAAGGGCAAAGUAGCUGAGGUUUCAGAGUAUGCAAAGUACAUUGGGUGGGAUGAAACACUUGCCGACGCAGAUGUGGCGUAUGACAAAGAGAAAGAGGAAUAUAUACUUUUAGGCCAAGAAAAAAGGAAACGAGAGCCGGACUCUCACAGCACAGGCAGUGGCAAGCGACGAAACAGCACCAAUAUCAUCGGCAACAGCAGUGGUAGCAACCACCACCAGCGAGCUGAAAAGUACAACAACCUUUCCCCAGGAGACCUGAGCCCAGAGAGCCACAGCGACUCUGACUACAGACCCUCAUCUCGCCAGAGCCGGAGGUCUUCCCAAAACAAGAACACGGAGUGCUUUGAGUGUGGCAAAGUGUUCCGCACCUACCACCAGAUGGUACUGCACUCCCGGGUGCACCGCAGGGAGACGAGGAGCAGCAGUGAAAGCGGCAGGGUCUCCAGGGAGGACCGGUGUGGCUUGACCAGCGAAGGGGAGUCAGGCUCUACCAGCCGACCCAGCACCCCAGGGUCAGCCUCUGUAGCUGAGAAUUCACCCACCUCUGCCAUGGUAGAAAAUGUGGCAGAGGAUAGCUCAGAGGAAGGCUUGCCAUUAACUCCAGAUGAAAAGCCAUAUAUGGGCAGCAACUGUGAUUAUGCAACUACCAGUUCUUCCUUGUUGAUGUCACACAUGAAAGACCAUCACACGGGAGACCAGGAUGUUGCCUGUAAAUCCAGAGGUGCCAACCAUAGAAAUGAUAUGUCCUUGGCUGAAUCACAAACACAUAAUGGUGACUCCUUACCAAGGAACAAUGUCAAGGGGAACAAAGUAAAGAGUGGAGAAUACCGAAGUUAUCUGGAACUACAAACCGCUAUAAUGCAACAGAACUUAAAACUUACAGACUCUCUUAAAUGCCUUCAAAAAACAAUAUCUCCCAGUAUGGAACAGGCCGUAUCCAGCAGCAUUGUCAACCUAAGUACAUCAGCAGAAGCACAGACAAAAGGUAUGUUGUCAGACAGCGAGAAAGAAACGGUAUUACAAGAACAUAAUGCACAGGACAAAUUGCCAAUUGACACCAUCCCCUUAGAUCUAACAUCUAAGUCAAACAAAAGUGACUUUGUGCUGAAGGAUUUACCUACCUCACCUAUAGAGAAUGCUUUGAUUAGGCACCAGUGCCCGUACUGUUCUCACACAACCCAUUACCCAGAGGUUCUGUGGAUGCAUGAAAUAAUUGCACACAAGGUUAGCUGCAACACAGCUGCGCCCAAGUGGGUUCAGAGAAAUGGAUUUAAAGGACCGAAAGAAGAUUUAGGUUUCUCAAGCCGAAGGAGCAGCACAGGGCCUCCCUUAGCAUUAGAUGGCAAAGACUGCCAGCCUCUUCCAGUUACCAGAAAUGUCCGCACCCAGGCACCACCACAGAGCAGCUUGCAAGCACUGAAGUCAAACACCACCACUUACAGCUCCAGCUUGCCCAGUACUUCCCAGGCAAGGGACACAGCAGCUAGAGCAGCUCCCACAGGCUCAGGCCUACAUAACACAACACAACCCAAACUUAACUAUCACAAGGGACAACAUGGAGUACCAACAGAGCAGUCGCAUGGGAGGCCCAAAUUAGAAAUGUAUCCUAAAGUAACACCAGCUGGAGCCAUUGAAAAAAACUUUAUGGCUUCACAGCGGCCACUUGCGACAUUUGGAGACAGACAGGAGAAGUACUUAUUUCCUCGGGAAGGUUUAGGGCUUGCACUUUCUGCCAAGCACGGCCUCUCUGAGCACAAGGUCAAAGCGAACUCCUCGCAACCCCCUUCCUAUCACUCGCCAGUGAAAAGCAGGCAGGAAGCUCCCCCAGCGCAUUCUCAGAGGGAAUCUAUCAAUGAUCCUCGCUCAGUAGGAAGGAACAGCAUGGGAGUGAGGGUGAACAGCUUCUCACACAACUCUGGUUCCACAGGGUGGCCCCCUUCCCUACAAGUACACUUCAAACAGGAGCCUCUGCCCGAGGGACCCAAGACACACUUCGAUAUCUUAAGCUUCUUAAAGACCUGCAACACACAGGACUUAACCACCCUGUACCACCGCUGGGGCUCCAACAACCCCAUGUUAGAUCAGACAGGGAUGCUGAGGUCACAAGUACGACAAGGAGACUAUGUCUGCACAGAAUGCGGGAAAAGCUUCAGUCAGCCCAGCCACCUCCGGACCCACAUGAGAUCCCACACAGUGGUAUUUGAGUCUAAUGGACUCCGAGGUACUGAAGCGCACACCACCUCUGCAGAUGCCCCAAAACAAGGGAGAGACCAUUCCAGUGCAGAUAUUGCCCUUACAGCGCAUCUCAGAAGGGGAACCUAAAAACCCAUGUACAGUGUGUGCAUCGCAUACCUUUUGACAACACUCAGUACCCAGACAAGAGAUUUAGACAACCCGGAAUUGUUGAUCUUAACCAACAUUUGGACAAACAGAUGGAAGAAGUCCUAAAAGAUCAUGAACUGUCAGAAACAACUAUCCUGGACUAAGGAUUUUAUUUUAAACAAAACGAAGGGGAAAAACGCAAUAUGUCUACACUGGCAUCCAUCACCUGAACUUAAUGAAGAUAUUGAAAAAUACUUAUUGAUAUAACCCAUUUUCCUUUUAUUAGAUUGAAGAUUUGAUAUGAGAUUUCGUUUGAUAAAGGGUGUACAUCAUAUACAGUAUAUGUGUGUGUGUGUGUGUAUAUGCAGUAUAAAUAUAAUGACACUGUGAAAUAGUGCACAGUAUUUUGUGAUUUUCUGUUGUGUUUUGCUAGAUGCAAAGCAACCACGUUUCAGCUUUUAUUUAUAGGUUAUAAAUUCCAUACAGAAGUGCAUGUUACAAAUUAUACUACUUGUACUAAAAAGGCAACUAUUUACAGACUGCUGUGGAUUGCAAGUUUACAUGAACAACUGUGAAGCCACUGCUUACUUUGAAUCAACCAUUGGCUUGAGGAACCCUUUCAACUCCUGCAGUGUUUGAGCAGCACACUUCUUAGCACACUUUUAACCCUUAAAAGCUGCCUCAAAAAUGAACUUUUAAAACACCGAAUCAAAAUACAAGAUGGUGGAUCUAGUGUUUUGGAAUGUCUGUAGAACACUAACAGAAGGACAUUUCUGUUCUAUCCUCAGGACUUGCAUAUUACAUGGCUAGAUUCCAAAGCCUCCAUUCACAAAGACUGCAUGGUGGUAACACUUUAACAAAUAAAGGACCACUAUUGAAAUGUUCUAUAAUAUGAAGGGGGUGUUCAGCACGACAGGAACCACAUCAACAUCGCUAUAAAGGAGGAGCAGGAUCAAAAGCCUAGCAAUGGGCAGAUGCAAAUUAAAUGUUCAGGAUGCCCUUAACUGACUGCUCACAUCAUUAAAGUGUAUUGAUUUUGUGACUAAAGGUCAACCAUUUUUUCCCUCUUUCCUUGACAUUCACUGGGUUCUUUAAUAAAACAAAUCAUAUACCUCCACUGCAAUAAAAGCUUUAUGAGUGUAUGGCCCAUUGGGACAUGAAGCCAUUCUAUAUAUGCAAUUAUAAAGUUAGUUUUAGUGCAUUUAUUUUCUUCUGUUACGUGACACUAUACUGAGUGUAACCGACUAAUAUAUCUUUUCAGUUUCAAAAUUUUGCACAUACGAUGAUGAGUUUAUUUCUUAGUGAACGUUAUCGCUGCCUUGAGAGAGAGAGAGUGUGCGAAACUGAAGAUUUUUGUAAGUGUUGCUAGAAGUUUAUUUUUUUCUUACGCUGUAACAUUUUGUAAAGACAGAAGCAAAACUAGAAAUUCCUAGCAUGCAAAUGUAUAUUUGUUCAGUAGCUUUUACAUGUACAGUAAUAAUGUAAAACUUUCUGUACUGAGGAGAGUAACAAAAAAAAAAACAUUCUGGUAAUUGGCUUGUAAAACAAAGAUUUAUAUGACAUAAGUACUUUAAUGUGAUUUUGCUAUUGUACUAAUGCUGAUUAAAAAAUCAUUUAGGUUUC